AGUUCCGCCGCGCGACUGACCUCGACAUUACGGCGGGAUAUACACCAGAACUCACUAGCCAAGAUGCCUCAAGCUCAGCCCGAGUUGAAGAAGUACAUGGAAAAGCGGGUAUUUUGCCAACUGAACGGCAACCGCAAAGUCAUUGGUAUCCUGAGAGGUUACGAUGUAUUCAUGAACAUCGUGCUCGACGAUGCUUUCGAAGAGAAGCAGGGCGGAGAGAAGGUCGCAAUUGGCAUGGUGGUCAUUCGCGGUAACUCGGUCGUCAUGCUCGAGGCUUUGGAACGUAUAAGCGACAAAUAAAGGAAACGCUGGAUACCUUCAUCGUGGGAUUAAUUUAAUGCAGUACGGAGUUUACGGGUCGGUUGCUCUCUUUGGAACGAUCGAAGGCACUUCGAUUUCAUCUCAAGCAUGUUUACGAUCAAAUUGCAGUUUCAGUAUUUGAGGGAUCAAAUUCAGGGGUUCCCUUGGUAUAUCUUAUCGAGAGACAUAAUCUUUGACGACACAGCCUGAUGAUUGCUAUGCAAGACAUCAUUCAUAACAUGGCUCGAGAAUACCGCAUCAAAUGGGCAUGAAACCGGCAAACCAGACGCGCAUUUGAGAAAGAAAACCGGAACAGGGGAAUAGAUGGAGAAAUCUUAGAAAAUAAAAUCGAGAAACGAUAUUCAUUCCACCCUCGCGCCAUAAGCCUC